GCGCGGGGCGGGGCCAGCGCCCGGGCAUGCGGCAUCUGCCGCUGCGCCGCGGCCAUGAGGCGUCGUGCGCGGAGCCUCCGCCCGCUGCCCGGCCCUUUGUGUGUGAUGGUGGGGCCGGACUGAGCGCGCCGUGAGGGGAGCAGGAGGAGCCGGUGGGGAGCCCAGGAUGCCAUGGGGAACUGCUGGGCGCAGUGGUGCUGCGGGCUCUUUUUCCGGAGGGACGCCGGCCGGCUCCAGCGCGGCGGAGGAUCCAAGUAUUUUAGAACCUGUUCAACAGGAGAACACUUCACUAUAGAGUUUGAGAACCUGGUGGAAAGUGAUGAGGGGGAAAGCCCAGGAAGCAGUCACAGACCUCUGACUGAGGAAGAAAUUGCUGACUUGAAAGACAGGCAUUACGACUCCAUUGCUGAGAAGCAGAGAGUUGUUGAUAUGAAGCUUCAGGCAGAGUUAGCCUUACAAGAGGAGAAGUUAAGACUAGAAGAGGAGGCUUUAUAUGCUGCACAACGUGAAGCAGCCAGGGCAGCAAAGCAGAAAAAGCUCUUGGAGCAACGUAGACAGCAAAGGAUAACCCAGAGAGCACAUGCUGUUAAUAAUGGAGAAUAUCAGAGCUCAGUGGCAGAGGAAGAUCUCGAUUCUUUCUUAAGAAAUACAAAAUUCCAGUAUGAAGCUUUUCGCAGUAGUAGACUAUCAUCUGAUGCUACAGUGCUGACACCCAACACAGAGAGCAGUUGUGACUUAAUGACCAAAACCAAAUCAGUGAGUGGAAACGAUGACAGCACUUCGUUAGAUUUAGAGUGGGAGGAUGAAGAAGGCAUGAACAGGAUGAUUCCAAUGAGAGAACGCUCCAAAACAGAAGAAGAUAUACUCCGGGCAGCACUGAAAUUCAAUAGCAAGAAGACAGGAAGUAAUCCAGCUUCAGCCUCUGAUGAUUCCAAUGGAUUCGAGUGGGAGAAUGACUUUGUUAGUGCUGAAAUGGAUGAUAAUGGCAAUUCCGAAUACGCCGGAUUUGUAAACCCUGUGUUAGAUUUGUCUGUAUCAGAUGUAAGGACAUCUGAUUCUGAUCGUCAAGACAGGUAGUGAAACUGCAUGGCCCUUGUCUGUGACCAAAUGUUGGGAAGUGGAAUAGAAUGCACAAACCCAAUUCGCUCUUUUGAAUUCGCUCUUCGUUCCCUUUUUCUUCCAAAUUGAGCGGCAAGGAGUGGGAAUGACUUGCUAUCUGAAUUAAUUCAGAAUUAAGUGCAAUUUCAUCAUCUACCUUCUAAACUUUUAUGGAAACUGGGAUGAUUCUCUUGUGUAUAUUUCUGGAUACCUGGAUUUAAUAUAAAAUUGUCUGCACUAAUUUAAGCUCCAUAGCUUGGCAUAUCUAUAUUUUAACUAGCCUUUUCUUUUUAUUUUAUUUUUUUUCCCUGGUUGAUGUUUGUACUGAUUUUGUUUUUAAAAGUCAUCAGUGACCUAACAUCUAAGAAAUGGUCUUAUAUUAAUUUAUCAAAUACUUGAAAAGGAAUUUUAAAAUUUUAUUUCCAAUAUGUGCUUUUUAACUUGUUCUUUAGCUAUUGAGAGAGUGCGCUUAGCCAGCUGCAAAACAAAUUCCCUUGGGUUUUUCCCAUUUCGCUUACAGUCUUCCUAGCCUCCUGUUGUCCUCCUUCCCAUUUAUUUCCUUUUUUAUUACUUUAAGGACAGUUAACCUCAAUAAACAUAAUAUAAAUCAUUGGGUUGGGUUAGGUAAGAUACUGUCUUGUAUAGUAUGCCAGACUUUUAGUGUGUACUAGAUAGAAAAAUCACUAUAAAAAAAAUCCUUAUGCAUCAAGCAGGAAACUUAAACCCAUAUCUAGUGGAGAACUGGGAGGACCAAAGUCUUGAUUUCCCCACCCCCCUGAACAGAUCAACAUCUGUUCCUACAUUGUACUUAAAAUUCUUUAGUGGUGGAAAAUUUACAAUUCAGCUCAACUGAAAGGAUUAGUGAAAAGCAACAUUUUCUGAGCAAACUGAGGGAGGGCUGAUUGCUCUGCUGCCAGGGUAGGAAGAACAAGAACCUAAAGGCUGAAUUCCUCUAUCUGGUUUUUAAAGCAGGGGAAUAAAAAGUUCAAGCUACAAACCAGCGUGUUUUAAGCGCUCAAGCUUUCCUGUGCCUCUGAGCUGGAUGGAUAAUACUGCUGUUACAGACUGCAAUUCAAGGAGAUGUUUGGUUAUUGCAAAUCUGGUGUCAUGUAUCCCCUGAUACUUAUGCAGGUUAUACUUGAAAAAAGAAAAAGCUCACUGAAGAGAAGGUGCAAAACAGUUGUAGAAGUCAGGCUUUCCCCAGAGUUUCAGUAAAGCCAUUCUACUUCACUGUUGUUUUGUGUGGCUAUCUUGUUUUUCCCUGGAAAAAAGGGAGAUGGGGUGUAACUUCACCUCUGUUGAGUAAAAGCAGCAUACUAUAAGUAAUAAAUCUGCAUCAUCACAGAACUGAAUUUGUUGGUGACUGUCGUGUCACUGUUUUAGCCUAUAUGUGAUAUUAGGGUCGUUACAGGGUGGCCCUCUUCAUAAUAACUUGAACAAAAAUACUGUACGCUGGGAUGAAAUAUGUACAAAUAUCACCACUAAUGAACAGGUGAAUCUUGUUGAUAACAUUCCAUUUUUUAAUUUAAAUUGUAGCUAUGUCACUGAAAAAUAUUUUAAUGUCAUUACCUACAUUUGCAAUGCCUGUAAUAAGCUUUAAAAAUUUGUAUGCAUCAAAUGUCUAUUUUCGGUUUGGCGUAAGCUACUACUGUGGAACUUCUCCUGAACGUUGAUUUGUAUAAGAGAUUCCUAUGGAACUGAAGGCAACUUUUCUCAACAUGUAAAUAACCUGUUUUUUUACCUGCUCAAACUGUAACUUACCCUGCAGUAGUCACUACUUCUGACCAGAGACCAUGAGCUUAUCAUGUGCUGACCAUGUUUUGAGCAAAGAAACUGGCCAAUAGUCCUGUGUGUAGAAUGAACGAGUGCUUAGGAAAAAGGAAGCUGAUUGCAGCCGAAGGCUUUCACUGUGAUGGGUAUGUUCUGCCAUGGCUAACAGCAUUCUGCUUUUCAGGGUUCAGGGCACCAACCACACUGAGCGACUUAAGAAUUCUAGUCAAUAUUUGUGGAAAUUGAAGAACUUGAAAGAUGAUACAAACGGCUCAUGUGAAACAGUUCAAUGUAAAAGGCAUAUCUGUACAAAUUCAAAAGUCAUUAAAAUUUUCAGUCAGUCUUAUA